GAUAGAGCAAAAACUAGCAUAAAAAGGCUAAAAAUUUAAACAAGAUAAAACACAAACAAUUUUGUUUGUUCGUACAAUUUUGAUUGCUGGACCAAAAAUGCUAGAUUGAAAAAGAUGAGCUGUGUUUUUUAAUAACUUCAAUCUAAAUUUUAUAAAACAAACUUGUCUACUUUUGGUUAUUUUCUCUUUCUAAAAUGACCUCACCAGUUUUGGUGCUAGUUUUUGGCACGGCUCUCUGGCUCUCUGUUCACGCUUCUGAGUCAUGGUGCAGGAAUGACUAUGACUGCAGCAGCGAUGAAAUGUGUUGUAUUCGUCGCAUUUGCACAUACGAUUGCAGCAGUCGUCAUGUGUCAGUGCUGGCUGUGAUUGGGUCUCCCUUCGCAUUUGUUGGCUUCUGCAUCUGCUGCGGACUUGGCUUCAGAUUCUGCCACAAAAGCGGCAGGUAUAAGAACCGCAACCGGCGUUCAAACCAAUCUAACACAAACUCAAACAACACUCCACCUGAAAACAAUGAAGCGGAUUCAGCCAAUCAAAUCACAGUGACAUCGAUAAGAACAGUGGCAAACGAUACAAACAGUCGAAUUGGGUGGUCGAGCUACCCGACCAAUCACGACUGGCAUACAAAUAACUUCGCCCAAACAGGCCAGCCGCCGCUGUAUGAGUCAUCAGUUGUUGUCCCCAAACCCCCUUCAUACGAAGAGACAAUAAUAGGCAACGAAGUGAGCCCACCUGGUUACGUUGAGAGUGAAUCAAGAACCCCAAGUGGAAAUUCCAACAGUGGUUACCAAACUGACAGCUCAUUGCCAGAUUAUCAGACAGCGCUGCGCGGAUAAAGACUUUCAAAAUUUAGAAGACAAUUGCGCUGAGUUAAUCUAAAAGCAGAGACUUGUUUACAAGAAAUUUCAGCCGUGUUAAUGAGAUAUAGUUUAGUUUAUAUUUCUUUUGUUAUAAAUAAUUUCUGAUUUGAAACUUAUGAUUGAUAAUUUCAGAUCCGAGGCAGGUAUAA